CAUGAAAAAUACAAUACUGUCAUGAGAUGCAUAGCAGAGUUUCCAAAAUGAUGUUCUAAAUUCAAAGUGUAGUGGGAGUCUGGGACUGUUGAUAAUUGUAUCUACAAUUUGCAGGUAGCUUGUGUGGAAAGAAAUGGCUGAUGAAUCAUUGAUACCACCUCCGUCUCCUAUGAAUAUUAAUAAUGAAGAUGAAUUAAACCUAUUUGUGCAAGAUGUUUCACGUGAAGAAAAUGAAAGUGUAAAGAAACCUCAAUACUUUUCAUGCCUAGGUCAAGUUAACCCUAAUGACUUUGAUAAUUGUUGUCAUAAUAGCAGACUGAAAGGAGGAGAUCUUGUAAGAUUACUAAAGAAAAACUUUGGGGUCUGCAAGCCUUUGGCAUUGUGUUGCGAGUUGUUUGGUAUGGUUCUCCCAAAUGCUGUUGCUCUGACAGUUCAUUUGCAGGAUGUGUUUGCUAUGGCAAAACGACAGAUAUUUUUCCUCCGACAUUCUGCUGAAGGAGCAAGUCAGUCUAUUCACCAAGGAAUGUCAUCAAACAUGCUGCAGAUUAGAAGAGAAAUGUGUGCUUUUCUAGACUUUAUUAAGACUGAAAUUUGCAGAUGGUUGGAGACGAUGUCUUGUGGUCAGUCUGUGCAGAUCAGCAUGAGAGCAAAGGAAAUCAACAUAUCUGACUGUUUAGUUGCUAUCCUGAAAGAAUUUCAUGGCCUGCUAUUGUUUAUGGGACGACUUUCAGACCUCCCAGAUUGUAUUUUACAGAAUGGAAUUUCUCAUCAUGGAAACAAAUGUUCAUCUGCUGUGUAUCAUUAUUAUCACAUAUAUCUGGAUGUGUGGUGGAGCUUUCUUCAGAUCCUUCAUCUUCUUUCAUCAUCUACAAACUUUAAAAAUUCAAUGCUAGAUUUGCAGUUUUGUAAAGUCCAACAGUUGGAAACUGAAAGCAUUUUUUCACAAGGACUACUGCUACUGUUGUGGGACCUGUGCUAUAUUGGUGCUAGGAAGUUUGCUAAGCUUUCCCAGGAAGACUACUUCAAGGUAUCUCCUUUUUCUUGCACUUGUUGCCAGGAAUUGUGGACCAUGAUAAUACUCUUGCUGGAAUCUAGGCAGGAAGAUCUCAGUGAAGAU